AUGGCAACAACAACCUACGUUGACCGUGCCCUCGAAGGCGCACAUGAAGCGUACUCAAAACGGAAUUCACGUUCCUUGAAAGCACACCAAGAUGCCCACUCCCAUCUUCCAGGAGGCAAUACUAGGACAGUACUUCAUGCAGACCCAUUUCCAUUGACAUGGGCGUCUGCAAAAUCCGGCACCCUCACAUCUCUGGAUGGCGACACAUACAUCGACCUACUGGGAGAAUUCAGUGCCGGAAUCUACGGUCACUCCGAGCCCCGGAUAGCGGAAGCUGUUCAGGUCGCGAUGUCAAAAGGGUGGAACUAUGGCGGAAACUCCCAGAAAGAGAAAGAGUUUGCUGAAAAGGUCUGUCAGCGGUUCGGUCCAGCAGGCAUUGAGCUUGUUCGAUUUACCAAUUCUGGCACCGAGGCGAAUACUACAGUUCUGGCUGCAUCUCUUGCGAUUACCAAAAGAAAGAAGAUCCUUGUCUUCAGCGGUGGAUACCAUGGCAGUACACUUGUCUUCCCAAUGGCGCUGAUUCAAGGUUCAACUGCGCCUUGCAUGAACUUGCCUCAUGACUUUGUAUAUGCACCUUACAACAACAUCGCUGAGACAAGUGCGGUUUUGGAAGGCCUCCCCAAGGACAGUCUCGCUGCGAUCCUGGUUGAGCCUGUCCAAGGAUCUGGUGGAUGCAGGGCUGCAACUAAAGCAUUCCUACACUUCCUUCGCGAUACUGCCGACAAGACCGGUGCUUUCCUGAUAUUCGAUGAGGUCAUGUCUUCGCGCCUGGGUUAUUCCGGUUACAGCGCCACACAAGGUGUGCGAGGAGAUAUGGUGACGCUCGGCAAGUACGUAGGUGGCGGCAUGACCUUUGGAGCCUUUGGAGGUCGCCGAGAUAUCAUGGAGCUUUUCGACCCUUCCAAGAACCAAUUGUUCCAUCCUGGUACCUACAACAAUAACGCUCUCAGUAUGCAUGCGGGUAUUGUGGGUCUAGACAUCUACAACGCAGAUGCAGUCGAUCGACUGAAUAAGCUCGGCGAAAUCUUGAAGGCCAAAGUCCAGCAGAUCUUGAUCGACAAUGGUAUAUAUCCUGACACAGUCAAAAACGCUUCUUCGAACCUUGUCGAGAUCGACAGCUUCAAGCACGGUCUUACUGUACAGCUUGACGAGGACACUACGACAAAGCUGAGCCUCCCACCAAUGUUCAUCACUGCACGAGGAAGCAUGCUCAACUGGCAGUCGCUCUAUUACCACCACAUGCUAGCGAGGAACAUCAAUAUUGCUGUAAGGGGUUAUACACCACUCACCCUCUGCGCGACAGAAGCGCACAUAGACGACUACGCAAACGCUAUACAAGAGUUUAGUGGUAUAUCAACAGAGAAUUAG